UAAUAUUCUGCACAUGGAGUGACGUGAUUUUGUGAUUAUGCUAUCGGUAUGCCAACUACUAUAUUGUUUAUUUAAUUACUUGUAUAUAUUUUGUUGAGCUAUGUACGUAAUUGGUAUCACCUAAUUUAUGCGUCUCAUGUUUUCAAUUAAUUAUUAUACAAUAUUCAGCAUUGUAACAAAUGUCUUAGCACUACAUAAAUAUAAGACUCGGCAAAGAACGUUGUUACUUGUUAGUGCACUGUAAACCUUAAAACACUUGAGAUCCUUUGUGCUUGAGAAGUUCAUCUACAUUUAGCAAUCUAGCUCCAACAAUUUUCUUCAUUACCUUACAAUCCUUCUUUCUUUUUCUCUUUGUUGUGAUCUCAUCAUCUCCUGAACUUGAGCCUCAAUCAUGGCUGCAAAACUUGAGGGUAGAGCUUAUCUGUUUUGCUUUGUUGAUGCUAUUUUGAACAAGCUGUCUUCACUCGAUGUCAACUCAACCCCAACAGCAAAGAAGUUAGCUGACCAGAAGUUGCUUCAAAGGCUGAGGAACAGUCUCCGUGCCACUCGACUUGUACUUGAUGAUGCAGAGCAGAAGCAGAUCAGAGACCAAGAAGUCAAUAAAUGGCUUGUGGAUCUCCAAGAUGCUCUCUAUUUGGCUGAUGACUUGUUGGAUGAACUCUCCACUAAAGCUGCCACUGCCACUCCUACUCAAAGGGAUCCAGGUAACUCAUCUUACCAUUAUCGCUAUGCUGUUGAUUCAGUGGUGGAAUAUAGUGAUGGUGAUGAGAUAAGGACAGUAGAGAGCAUGCAAGACAUAGUUGAUAAACUAGAGUCUAUCGUUGAGGAGAAAGAUGAUCUUGGUCUAAAACAAGAGCUUGUCGAAGAUCCAAAAGACAUGUCAUGGAGAAUUCAAUCAUCCCUGGUUGAAUCUUCUGAUAUAUAUGGCAGGAACGAUGACAAAGAGGCAAUCAUAAAAUUGUUGUUAGACGACACUUGCGAUGAUAAAUUGUCUGUGAUCUCUAUAGAAGGUAUAGGUGGAAUUGGAAAGACUACUUUGGCUCAGUUGGUUUACAACGAUGCCAGAGUGAAGGAGAAGUUUGCCAUUAAAGCAUGGGUGUGUGUUGCUACUAUAUUUGAUCCUAUUAGUGUUUCAAAGGCUAUAAUAGAGGAAAUAACUUCUCUUUGUAACAUGGUUAACUUGAAUUCACUUCAAACUCAAUUGAAGGAAAAGUUAACACAGAAGACAUUCUUAGUUGUCUUAGAUGAUGUUUGGGAUAAUCAGCAAAAUUUGUGGGACAAUUUUCUAAAACCAUUUUUGAGUGGGAAUAAAGGAAGUAAAAUUCUUUUAACUACUCGCAAUAAAAAUGUUGAUUCUGUAGUGUCAAAUGCAAAUCUACAUUACAAACUAGAUAUAUUGUCUCCCAAUGAUUGUUGGUCAUUAUUUUUGAAACAUUCAUCUCUUUCUACUAAUUCUAGACAAUAUGUAAUCCUAGAAAAAAUUGGUAAAAAAAUUGUUGAAAAGUGUAAGGGAUUACCUUUGGCUUUAAAGACACUUGGGGGUUUAUUGCGCAAUGAAGAAAAUGAGGAAUAUUGGGAGAAGACACUGAAAAGUGAAAUUUGGGAGCUUCCGAAAGACAAGAGUGAGAUUAUUCCUGCAUUAAGAGUUAGUUAUCACUAUCUUCCUUCACAUUUAAAGCGGUGCUUUGUUUAUUGCUCAUUAUAUCCUGAGGAUUAUCAAUUUGACAAAGACGAAUUGAUUUUGUUGUGGAUGGCUGAAGAUUUGGUACAACCAAUAGAAAAUUACACAUUAGAAAAUAUUGGUUGUGCAUAUUUUGAUGAAUUAGUUGCAAGGUCAUUUUUUCAGUCUUCUAGUAAAAAUGUUAGCUUAUUUGUAAUGCAUGAUCUCAUGCAUGAUUUAGCAACAUUCUUUGCUGGAAAGUUCUAUUUCAGUGUUAGAGAAUUUGGAGACUGCCAAAAAAUUUGCAGCAAAACUCGUCAUUUGUCAUAUAUGGUAAAUCCUCGUGAUCCAAUAUUAAGACUUGAAGAGGCCUAUAAGGGAGCAAUACAUAUGAGAACUUUUUUAGAUGUACAUUUUUCUCAUCAGCCUUAUGGUUCAAUUAAGUUAGAAAGUGAUUCUUGGCUCUUCCACUUACAUAUGAGGUGUUUAAGAGUUUUGUCAUUUAAAUCUUUUUCUAUUGAGUCAUUGCCGGAUUCAAUAGGUGAGUUGAUCCAUUUGCAUUAUUUGGAUCUCUCGUACACACCUAUUUUCACAUUGCCUGAGUCUUUGUGUAAAGUAUACAAUCUUCAAACGUUGAAGUUGAGGUAUUGUGAUAAGCUAGCGAUGCUUCCAAGUCGCAUACAGGAACUUGUGAACCUGCGUCAUCUUGAUAUCAGAGGCACUUAUUGUUUGAAAGAGAUGCCGAAGGGAAUGAGCAAGUUAAAGCAUCUGAACUUGUUAAGUGAUUAUAUUGUGGGAAAGCAUGAGGAGAACGGGAUAAGAGAAUUGGGAGCACUUGACAAUCUUCAUGGCUCACUUUGCAUCUCCAAGUUAGAGAAUGUCAACAACAGCCGCGAAGCUUUGGAGGCAAAGAUGGGUAAGAAGAAGCACGUCAUCAUUUUAAAAUUGAAAUGGCGUAGAGAAGGUGAUAUUGUUGAUGUUGAAACUGCAAGAGAUAUACUUGAGGAGUUACAACCUCACCGAAACUUGAAAGAGUUAUCAAUUGAUGGUUAUAGGGGUGAAAUAUUCCCCGAUUGGUUGGGCCUUUCUUCCUACUCCAAUGUAACCAUAUUGACUCUAAAUCGUUGCAAGAAUUGCCGUCAGGUUCCUUCACUGGGACAGUUACCCUCUCUGCAGUAUCUGGAGAUAUUGGGACUUGAAGGGUUGGAGAGAAUUGGUGGUGAGUUUUACAACAACGCUGAAUCAUCUCAUCAGGGCACACCCUUCAGGUCUCUUCUAAGUCUGAGAUUUGAUAAAAUGCAUUGCUGGAGAGAGUGGCAUAUUCCUGAUGAGAUUGAUGUAUUUCCGAAACUUGAAAACCUUUCAAUACGUGAUUGUCCGGUGUUAAGUGGAGAUCUGCCUGCUCACCUUCCAGUUCUGGAGCAACUUAGCAUUGUUGGAUGCGAAAAGCUUGCAUGUUCACUGCCGAGAGCUCCCAAGCUUCACCAAUUAACUGUAAAGGGUUCUGGGUUCUACAGGAAUGCGGCACCGCAUGAGGUAUUAAUUUCAGAAAACCAGCUGGCGAAGUCCGUACUAGAGUGCCUGCCCCACAUCCAAUCGCCGUGUUUCCAGGAUUUGGAAAUCCAUGAGUGUUGGUCAGCAAUAUCAAUUUCAGGAGAUUAUUUGCCCGAUUCAUUACAAUUUCUGAGAAUCUGGGAUUGUUCAAAAUUAACAUUCUCAGAGCCACUGCAACACAAGUCUCUAACGCAGAUAGAUGUGACCCGGUGUGGUUCACUGACGUUGUUUCCAUUGGGGGCCCUUCCAAAUCUCAAGAAACUCUCAAUCUCAAAAUGCCGCCAUUUAGUAUCAGUGCCGGAGCUAGGCUUUGCUGCGCCCCACCUAGAGGAACUGUCUAUGCAGGAUUGCCCAGAAAUGGAUUGUUUUGGAGAGGAGUGCCUCCCGCCGAGCUUGACAACUCUUUGGAUCAAUAAUUGCCAGAAACUAGAGAGGUGGAUAACAUCCAAUGGUUUGCAGAGUGAAGGCCUUACCCAUCUUAUGCUUCAUAAAUGGAAUGAAGUUAAGUCGUUCCCGAGAGAGGGUUGCCUUCCUGCUUCCCUCCAGUCUCUAGGCUUGUCGUGGUUUUCAAAUCUGGAGACGCUAGACUGCAAGGGCCUUCACCAACUCUCCUUCAUCCAAACAUUAACAAUUGAAUACUGUCCAAAGCUGGAGAAUAUCACACAAGAAAACCUGCCUGCCUCCAUAUCAAAACUCCUCAUCAGGGGAGAAUGUCCUUUGAGAAGUAAGCUGGAAGAGAGGAACGACCCACGGAUUCAAUUCGACACAGCCUAGGAGGAUCAGUUUUGUUGAUUCUGAUUUUCCACCAUUUCUGCAACAUGCAAGGAUUCUGUCUAUUAAUAUGUUAUUGGUUCAUUUCGUGAAUCUCAGGUACUAUUUGGGGUUUAACUCGGUGGAGGGAAGAAUCAAGAGUCAAUAUUAAUACAUGACCAAUGCAAGUUGAGAAUUGGGGUGCACUGAUAUCAAAGAGUCUAAAAUUUUAAGAAAUUCGUAGAUAUGGCAAUGCAAGCAUUCAAUGAAAACCAGUGCUUGUUGUAAAAUGCCUCCAGAUGUUUUUCAUUAUCCAGACCCGGAAAUUCAAUAUACAUUUCUUCUCUGGAAUUGCCCUUCAUUCAAGCUUCAUGAUCAAACACCUCAGGUUGCCAAGUUUGUUUUAUUCUCUGACUGGCUUGGCUGCAUUCCGCUGAAAGCCUCUUCCAUACAGCACGGCCUACAAAGUUUUCGUUUGUUGAAGGAGGUUUGCUGCCUAACUUGAUGGAGCUUUGUAUUAGAGAAUGUGAAAAACUAAUUAACCCCCUAUUCUGUAUUAUAUAUUAAGUCGGGGUGUUAGUUUCUGUUUUAACAUUUAAGCUUCCUGUUUGAGUCUGUUUUGGAAUUCUUUCUUUAUAGGCUAGUUCCGUGCCUUAUACAAGGUUCCCCCUUUGUAUCUUGUGUGUAAUCAAUGAAUGAGGUUAUUCAGUUUCA